AUGGCGGUCAGUCAGUCAGUAGUCGGCCGCAAGGCUGCGGAGAAGUCCCACGGUAUCGUGGGUAUGCUCAAGAACCCAUAUGUUGCCUUGACAUGUUGUUUCGCCUCUCUUGGUUGUAUCAUGUAUGGUUAUGAUCAAGGUGUGAUGAGUCCUGUUCUUGUUAUGGAGAACUUCGAGAACCACUUCCCCACGUUCAUGGGUUCGACCAUCCAGGGUUGGUUGGUGUCUGCUCUUGAGCUUGGUGCUUGGGCCGGUGCUCUGAUCAACGGUGUUCUUGCGGAUCGUAUCUCUCGAAAGUACGCCAUGAUGGUUGCUGUCGUUAUCUUCACCCUCGGUACUGGUCUGCAGGCUGGUGCUCAGGCACCUGCUUACUUCUUCGCUGGUCGUGUCAUUGGUGGUGUCGGUAUUGGUAUGUUCAGUAUGGUUAUUCCUCUUUACCAGGCUGAGAUUGCUCUUCCCGAGCUGCGUGGAUCUCUUGUUUCCCUGCAGCAGCUUUCCAUCACCAUCGGUACCUCCAUUGCCUUCUGGCUCGACUACGGUAUGCAGUUCGUCGGUGGCAACACUUGCAAGCCCGAGGGUAUCGCCAACCCCUACCUCGCCGACGGAACCUUCAACGCUGCCCAAAACCACGGCCACACCUGUCUCGGCCAGAAGACCAUUGCCUGGCGUCUGCCCUUGGCCUUGCAGAUCAUUCCUGCUUGGAUUUUGUUCUUCGGAAUGUUUUACUUCCCCUUCUCUCCUCGUUGGUUGAUGAUGAAGCACCGUGAGGAGGAAGCUCUUGCCUCUCUCUCCAAGCUCCGCCGUCUUCCUGCCAACGACCCCAACGUCCGUGCCGAGUUCCUCGAAAUCAAGGCUGCUGUUAUGUUCGACGAGGAGAGUGAGGCUGAGUUGGUUGGUAGCGGUGGAAAGCUUGGUCCCUGGAAGGCUCUCUUUGCUCCCCACAUGCUCAAGCGUCUCUUCCUUGGAUGUGGUACCAUGGUUUGCCAGCAGUUCACCGGUAUCAAUGCUGUCCUGUACUACGCUCCCCAAAUCUUCAAGAGUUUCGGUUUCAGCUCUACCAAGACGGAUCUCCUCGCUACUGGUGUGACCGGUAUUCUGCAGAUCACCUUCACCAUUCCCGCUGUCCUUUGGCUCGACAAAUUCGGACGUAAGACCUUCCUUAUUGUCGGUGCCAUCGGCAUGUUCUGUUGCCACAUUGUUGUUGCUACUGUUGAGGGUAUCUACGAGGAUAACUGGAAUCUCAACCUUGGUCUCGACAAAGCACAAGGUUGGGUGGCUAUUGCCUUCAUCUGGCUCUUCGCCGUCAACUUCGCCUACUCUUGGGGUCCCGUCGCUUGGGUUUUGGCUCAGGAAAUCUUCCCCAACAGUCAACGUUCUCGUGGUGUCGCCAUUGUCGCUUCCACCAACUGGUUCUUCAACUUCAUCAUUGGUUUGACCACUAAGGACAUGCUCGGCAGCAUGAAGUACGGCACCUACAUCUUCUUCGCCAUCUUCAGUGGUAUCGGUGGUCUGUUCAUCUGGUGGUUCGCCCCUGAGACUAAGGACAAGACCCUUGAGGAGCUGGAUAUCUUCUUCGGCGGUGAUGAUGCCACCAUUGCCGCCUCCGACCGCGACCGUAUGCAGCGCAUCUACGAGACCCUUGGUCUGGCCGGCAUUGAGAAUGUCGAGGACAUCAAGACUGCUGUCACCGCUGAUGAGGUCGAGGUCACUCAGCCUCACGUUGACGAGAAGGCUUACUAA